UGUGAAGCAUCUCACAAAUGAUUACAGUUUUAGCAAAACACCACUUCUACAUACACAUACACAAUGAAGAUAGCUUGCCAAAAAUACAUUCCACACAUACAGUGGCAAAACGAAUAAUCAGCAUAAAAAAAUACAACCGAAAAAUACAGAAACGAUGACGUUGUUCGCUCAUUACUGCGGCAUUCACUACGCAUUGAUUGUCUUUUUUUUCUAAUACAUCAGCGCAUUUAACAUGUCGUUCGGGAACCUGUUCGUCACUGUCUACUUCAAACUUGUUUCAGUCAUUGUUCUAUCGCGGAAGCCCUAACAUACAUAAACCUGGGACUUGCGAGAGUGAUCCACGAUGAUCGUGUACGCGUUGUUAAUUGCACUGUGCGUUCUCGUUCUACGCUUUGUAGCGUUUCGCUACAAAAUGUACCGCACCAUAGGGCACAUACCCGGACCACCGGUAAACUUUCUCUUCGGCAACACAUUGGAGCUGAUACGGUACGACACAAAUAAGUUUUUCGAAAAACUGAGCGAAUAUUUUCAUCGCUAUGGAACGAUCGUACGGCUGGAUAUGCUCAAUAAGUGCUGGAUCAUAUUUUCCUCUCCAAACGAUAUCGAACGCAUCGUAUCAUCCAACGAGUUCAAUCGCAAAUCGACGGAUUACGCCAUUCUGGAUGAAUGGUUGGGCAACGGCAUACUGCUCGAUCAUGGCAACAGCUGGUUCACGAAUCGCCGUGCUCUGACCGGUGCGUUCCACUUCAAGAUUCUCGACAGCUAUGUGCCAGUGUUCGAAGAACAGGCGGAUGUACUGGUGCGUAAGAUACUGGAACAUGAAGGUGCAACCGUGAACAUUUUUGCCCUGGUGAAGUUGUACACGCUUGAUGUCAUCCUGGAAACCUCGAUGGGUGUUCGAUGCAGAGCUCAGCAAGAAGAUUCGGACUAUGUUCGUGCCGUUUCGAACCUUUCGCACAUAACCUUCUGGCGGAUGUAUAAUGCGAUGGGUUUUUCCGAUUUUACCUUCCGAUUGACAAAGCACUACAAAACAUACCGCGAAUCGAUUCGAAUCAAUCGAGAGUUUACAACAUCCGUCAUUAAACAGAGGCGUGCUGAACUGUUAGCAACGACUUCAUCAUCCGAAGUGGACGUGAAACCGGAGAAAGGACGUCUUUCCCUGCUGGACAUACUGUUGCGUUCCGAUAUUACCGGGCGUCAGUUUAGCGAUGAAGAAGUUUACAGUCAAGUGAACAAUUUCAUGUUUGCGGGUCACGAUACAACCUCCAGCGCGAUUACGUUUAUUCUGUACGCGUGCGCUAAACAUCCCGAAGUACAGCAGCGCGUGUACGAUGAAAUCUGUGCUGAAAUACCGCCGGAAGAACCGAUCAACCAGCAGCGUAUCAACAACCUGAAGUAUCUCGAGCAAGUGAUCAAAGAAUCACUGAGAAUGUUUCCACCAGUGCCGUACUUUUCGCGGCACAUUGACAAUGAUACUACGGUGGGUGGCAUCCGUCUGCGCAAAGGAUCAACGAUCGUGUUCGGUGCGUACAUGAUGCAUCACAACCCGGAAUAUUUCCCCGAUCCGGAACAAUUUCGCCCGGAACGGUUUGAGGAAAGUGAAACCAAACGGAACCCAUUCGUCUACAUCCCUUUCAGUGCUGGUAGCCGGAACUGUAUUGGACAAAAAUUUGCCUUAAACGAGCUUAAAACUGCACUGGUGAAAGUACUGCGCCGGUGCAAGGUUGUUCUUCCGGAUCCGAACUUUGAGGUCAAAAUGAAGAUGGAACUAGUUCUGAAACCGGUCAACGGUAUGCAUCUUCGAUUUUUGGACAGAAAAACCAUCAAAGCGUAAUUAAGUGUAAGAUUUAAAAAAUCAAAAAGAAAAUAUUAUUAAUGUAUACGGGUGAGAGCAAUACUUUGGGAAUCAUCAAAUAAUGAGGUUGUGGGAAUAUUUUUGUUACUGUUUUUUUCCAAAAUCAACUAUAAUAAUUAAUUCAUGCUGUGAUGAUACACUUCAAAUGCUUCUCUAAUAUAUCACCAUAAAGUAUUUUAAAUACACAUUGCACUAUUAAGCAAAUAAAGCAACUUUAACAACCACAAA